CUUAUCAGCACUUUGGUGAAGCCAAGCACGGAGUCAUUACUCGGUCACGACCUGACACGGAGCCGUGUUUAGCUGUCGCUUUAAGACCCAUUUCCCCCCAUUGUCAAACAGUCGUGAGCAGGAAGAGGGAAACGAAAGCAGAGACCGAAGGGGGCCGACGUAUUUAAACACGAUGCUGCUGCACAAUAACGGUGGCCGCGGGUUGAUGUGGGUGAGCGCGUCUGCAGCCCGCUCAGUUGGAAAAUACACAGCGGACACGAAGAUCUACUCCAUCGAGCAUCUGAUCGGGUUGAUGGCGUUUUAAUGUAAUAAUACGCAGACAGUGCUUAAAGUCAGUGCAGGAUGAUAAAAUCCACUUGAGACAAGUGUCACCACGGGUUACUGCCUCAGGAAAUGACAGUGUCCUCCAUCAUCGUUUAGCUGCUUACAGCGAAUUUUGCUCGUCUUGCGGCCACUUCGACUGGAUACGAUUGCUUAUUAAUAUAACACACGAAAAGCCCAAACCGGGUGCAACUGGCGUCUUGGAGGCUCUGGCAGCAGGUGCAGCGCGUCUUGGCAUCGGCCGCUGAGCUGAGACCACAUCUGGAUCAGACUGGACUCAUCACAUUUAAGGAAUGACAUCCACUAUAGAGAGGAAGACACUGGAAGCCAACGAGGAGCCAGUAGAUGAAGUCCUCCAGAUGCCACCAUCUCUGCUGACAUGUGGUGGGUGUCAGCAGAGCAUCGGUGACCGGUUCUUCCUUAAGGCCAUCGAGCAGUAUUGGCAUGAGGACUGCCUGAGCUGUGACCUGUGUGGCUGCCGGCUGGGGGAGGUGGGCCGAAGGAAAUUAUGUCGGAGAGAUUACCUCAGGCUUUUUGGUCAGGACGGUCUCUGUGCUUCCUGUGAGAAGAGGAUCCGAGCUUUUGAGAUGACAAUGCGUGUGCGGGACAAGGUUUACCAUCUGGAGUGCUUCAAGUGUGCCGCCUGCCAGAAGCACUUCUGUGUGGGUGACCGCUACCUGCUCAUCAACUCGGACAUUGUGUGUGAGCAGGACAUCUUUGAGUGGACCAAACUCAACAACAUGGUGUAGGAGACUCAGAAUGAUAGAGCGUCACCUUGCCUUUUCCCACUGGCUUUAAAGGGAAUGAAACAGCGAUAAACAGGCUCUUUGUAGCCUGUCCAGGCUUUAUCAUGCAUCUGGCGUUCAUAUGGAAUCAUUUUAAUACAAGAAGAAGAGGCUACAUAUCUGCAUUGCUCUCUGCUAAUGAAGACUGCACCAGCAAUAACACACAGCUUGUCUUCUUAAGGCCUCAUCUUUAAAUGCAAAAAAAAAAUUACUUAAAGUAUUUAAACAUGCAAUAAUAGUCGUUUGUUAUACACACUGAAUUUUUGCGAUGAACAAAAACAAAAUCUUUGGUCGAGUGCCAUCACCUCAGUCUGGUCUAAAAUGCUCGGUGUGAGUUUCAGUAACAUAUUAUUUUAUGGGUCUGCAAUUUCCUAAUCAUUUUCUCUGAAUUCUGUGGAAAAAUGUUGUAAUUUGAUACAAAUAUGGUAAAUUGUAAUUUCCUUGAACGACGUGCACUACAUAAUCUCAAGUAAAUAUUCAUUCAUUAUUUAUUUACUAUUGGAAAUGUUGAUCUUAAUAUGUGUUGAGUGGUAUUUGUGUGACUGGCCACAUGCUGAGUAAAUGACUGGCUGGUUUUCCUAUCAAUUAUUUGGAAUUGAACACCAUUGCUGUUUUCUAUUUCCCUUCAUAGUUCUUUUCAGGAAACUUCCCUAGGAAAUAAAUAAUUUAUUAGAAAACUAUAGACCUGUAAAAUAAAGUGUUACUUUAUUUUAAAGGUAUAACUGAAAUACAUUGUUCAGUGUUGUGAAAGUCCUGAUCAGAAUGAUUGUACUAUACAGUACAGCCAGGUUGAAGCAGUGGCGCCCUCUAGUGAUCAAGGGAACACAUGCAAACCUAAUGUUGCUGACUGGAGUUGUUUCCAGUGCUUCUUUUGUAAUUUAAACAACAUGCAGUCAAGACUUUUUUGGAUAUUUUCUUGUCAGUUGAUUAAAUAAUUUACAAUUUAGAGAAACACUGAUGUUGUGAGUGUCUUCACAAAGUCACAAGGAAAUUAAACAAUUUACAUAUAUGUGUGUUUUUAUUAUAUUGUGUGGACAAAAAUGUGUUAGACGCCAUCAUUGUGAGGACAUUUUAGCCAGUCCUCACAACUUAAAAGCCUUGAAGGCUUGGUUUUAGGGUUAAGGUUCUGAGAAUAAACUAGCAACACUGAGGCUUUUCAAGCAACCUUUCUGUAACCUAAAAAAGUUUAUCAAGAGUAGGAACACGUAUUGUGACGUAUUAUUCCUCAUGAACAAUUUGUACAAUCACACUGGAACAAGUUUCUG